AUCCACCACCUAAUCCCUUGUCAUUCAUUGUUCGCAUUAUCAAAUCACGUCUCUGCCACGAUUUGAUCCCUCAUAUAAAGAAAAAUCACUUAGUAAUUAUCCCAGUUGGCAAAAUGUUUCGCCACGUGUGUAUUCUUCUGUGUGCGUUGUUGUCUUCAGUUACAGCUUUAAACGAGAUCAAAAUCGAAGCAAGAGCUUUAAAGGACAUCGCUCCAAGAAUUGUGAACGGUGAUGAGGCGUCGUUGGGUCAAUUUCCCUGGCAAAUAGGCAUCUAUGGACGAAACUCGGUCGGAUAUUAUUUCUGUGGAGGAUCUUUUAUCAGUGAAGAGUGGGUUCUGACGGCGGCGCAUUGUCUUGACGGAGCCAUAGGUGCUAACAUAUAUUCCAACGCGACGAAAAUUUCUGACUCAACUAAAGUAGUCUCCCAAGCGAUUCAGUUUAUACAACACGAAGGGUACAUUGCUGAUUUGUUGCGAAACGACAUUGGUUUGAUUAGAUUGAAGGAACCUGUUCAAUUUAACGAGUACACCAAACCCGUUGCUCUAGCGAUUAAGGACCCUCCUGUAGGCACCAACGUCACUGUAAGUGGCUGGGGCGUCACUAAAGACUCCGACUUGUACACCAGCGACAUUCUUUACUACACAAAUGUCGAAACUAUUACUAAUGAGGCUUGUACUAGAAUCUACGGAAGCAACUAUAUCGUAGAUCAAGUGAUUUGCGCUAAUCCUGGAGAUCCUCAUACAAGUCCUUGCCAGGGAGAUAGUGGGGCACCAGUUGUCGUUCUAAAUUCAUGUGGGAUACCAGUACAAAUCGCUGUGUUUAGUUUCACCAAUGGCUACGGCUGCGAAUAUCCCUAUCCUUCAGGAAACACGAGGGUGUCGUAUUUCAGGGACUGGAUUAGAGAAAAAACCGGAAUGUCCCAAAUAAACAUGAUUUACUUUGUGCUCUGUUUUAUUGCGUCGGUUUUCUUAAGAGAAAACAACGGGGUUUUUAGUGCUGAAGUUCGAGUUAUAAAUGGCCAAAAUGCCACUAAGGGUCAAUUUCCUUGGCAAGUCGGAAUUUUGAAGAUAAAAUCAAACAUGGAACUGCUUUUUUGCGGCGGGACCAUCAUUAGUGAAGAAUGGGUUCUAACAUCCGCCAACUGCCUCUACGAUGCCCAAGAACUAGGGGUAUAUUCUGGGGUGGUUGACAUAACUGACUUCGAUAGAGUUAUUAGUACUUCAUCCGACUACAUAAUCCAUGAAGAUUUUGACUCCUUGACUCUCCAAAACGAUAUUGGAGUAAUACACCUUGAUCCUCCUCUAGUGUUCAGCGACUAUACUAGCGCAGUUGUGCUAUCAGAUGAAAAACUACAACCUGGUACUGACGCUAUAGUCACCGGUUGGGGACACUCAACUCACGAUUAUGCGGCAAAUGUGACUGAUAUUUUGCAAUACGCUUCAGUUUCGGUUCUUGAUAAUUCCGACUGCGAGAAAAUUUACGGUGAUGUUAUUUCUCCGAGUAUAGUUUGCGCGAUUGGAGACAAUCCAGUGAAAAAUCCGUGUUUUGGGGAUGCAGGUGGUCCCCUUGUCGUCAAUAUUGACGCUUAUCCACUUCACGUGGCAAUUUUUAGCUUUGUUAGUGCUGAAGGGUGUGACUCUUAUCCUUCUGGUUAUACAAGAACGGCUUAUUUUAGGAAUUGGAUAAAAGAAAAGACGGGUGUUUAGUUUUUUUCGUACAAAUAAAAAAAUUUUGGAUACGAACAUAAUUAUGAUGCUGAAGUAUCAGAUACAUAUCCUGAAAAUUCAUUCAGAUUUGAAAUUAAAGUAGCAACAACUACAUAAUUUAUUUCUUCUCGUAGUAUUAAUUUAUUAUUUGCAUUACAGGCUUAAUAAGAUAAAUAAAAUAAAUAAAAUAAA